GUCGUGCUCGUGACGUCAUCUCUCUGAACAAUGGAUCCUUCCAUGUUCCUUCCUGACGCCGCCGUUCCAGGAGCGCUGUUUGCCGCCCCACCGCCAGAAAUGCCCUACGGAGGAGACCCAAACUUCGGUCUACAAGAGCCAGGGGCCGGCUUUAGUGGUCCUGGAGAAAAGCGGAGGGAAGAGAAACGCGGCCGGAGAUCGCGUGAUCGCUCCAAGUCGAGGUCGAGGUCCCGUUCGAGAGAGCGACGGCGUCGCGAUCGGCGUCGUUCACGCUCUCGCGACCGCGGAAGGCGGAGCAGAAGCAGAGAGAGAAGACGAGGUAGGUCGAGGUCACGUGAGAGGAGAGACUUCAGAAGAGGAGGAGGAGGAGGAGGAUUCGGUGAUGGUUUUCGGGAUCGUGGACGGGGCGGACGCGAUGGGAGAUUUUUUGAUGAUCGAUUUGGUGAUGCACGACAGCCAGAGCGACCGAGAAGAAAAAGAGUGUCGAAGUAUUGGGAUAUUGCUCCAAUUGGGUUUGAUCAUAUUACUCCUCUUCAGUAUAAGGCACUACAAGCUGCUGGUCAAAUUCCGGCUGUUGGUCCACCGCCUGCUGCACUGGGUGCCAGUAUACCACCGUCAGACGUCAAUCCUGCUCCUGUUGCUCCACAAAGUCAAGUUAUGAGACAAGCCCGACGACUAUAUGUUGGCAAUAUUCCGUUUGGUAUUAGUGAGGAUGCCAUGGUAGAGUUCUUUAACAGGCAGAUGCUUGAUUGUGGACUAAACAAUGCACCUGGAAAUCCUGUGUUGGCAUGUCAGAUCAACUUGGAUAAAAACUUUGCCUUUAUCGAGUUACGAUCUGUUGAGGAGACUACAGCCUGCAUGGCAUUCGAUGGCAUCAACUUUCAGGGUCAGUCAUUGAAGAUGAGGCGUCCUAAGGAUUAUCAGCCUGUGACGGGAGGGAUGGAUUCGUCUGUUCAUGUACCAGGUGUUAUUUCGACUGUCGUUCCUGACACUCCUAACAAGAUCUUUGUUGGCGGCCUUCCCAGCUAUCUCAGUGAUGAUCAGGUGAAGGAACUAUUGACAUCAUUUGGUGACUUGAAAGCGUUUAAUUUGGUGAAAGAUUCAGCCACAGCAUUGUCCAGGGGAUACGCGUUCUUUGAGUAUCUGGAUGGCAGCGUUACAGAUGCUGCUAUUGCUGGACUGAAUGGUAUGGGACUCGGAGAGAAAAAAUUGAUUGUACAAAGAGCCAGUGUGGGAGCCAAGAAUCCAGGAAACUAUUAUAUGGGUCAGGGUAUGCAGGCUAUCAGUGUGCCUGGGCUGAACGUCGUACAAGCUGUGUCUCAGACCAUUCCAACGAAUGUGCUGUGUUUGAUGAAUAUGGUAACACCAGAAGAGCUAGCAGAUGAUGACGAAUACGAAGAAAUUCUCGAAGAUGUGCGUGAAGAGUGUGGCAAGCACGGUAGAGUACGAAGUUUAGAGAUACCGAGACCUAUUGGUGGCAUGGAAACUCCUGGCUGUGGCAAGAUAUAUGUGGAAUUUGAGUCUGUGACGGAUGCUGGUACCGCAGCUGGCGCAUUGGCUGGACGCAAGUUUGCCAACCGCGUUGUAGUAACUUCUUACUGUGAUCCAGACAAAUACCACAUGAAGGACUUCACAGCAGCUGAUGAAUGAUGCAUGAUUGUCGUGUCAGUAUAUAGAGUGUAUUGCAUGCAGUGUGUCUUGGUAGGUUUGCAUGUACGUACCAUGAUUGUAGGAGGCAAAAGUACACACGGUAUUGCAGAUUCUUAUAAGCAAACAGCAUUGAACACUGACACUUUAUUAUAUGCAA